GUCUGGCCACUCCAUCGUGGACCAUACACCCAAAGGCUGCAGGACUAUGAACUGCUAAAUUAAAAGCCAGCCAUGGGACAGGCACAGCAAACAGAGAACACGGAGGAGAUUGAUAUCAAAGCGCUUCAGGAUAUGUAUAAGAAAUUUGUCAUUGAGUGCCCGAGUGGACUACUUUUUCUGCAUGAGUUCAAGCGCUUCUUUGGUGUAGACCCAACAGGCGAAGCAUCUGAUUAUGCAGAAAACAUGUUUCGAGCUUUCGACAAAAAUGGGGACAAUACAAUUGAUUUCCUUGAGUUUGUGGCAGCAUUGAAUCUUGUUUUUCGGGGAGACCUGGAACAUAAACUGCGCUGGUCGUUCAAGGUGUACGACAAAGACAAUAAUGGCUAUGUGGACAAGGAUGAGCUACGGUCAAUAAUUGAUAGCAUAUAUCGGAUAAAGAAAGGCUCGAAGACAGAUAUGAGUGAUUCAGAGCUUACAGUAGAUGAGGCUGUGGAGCGAUUAUUGCAGGCUGUUGAUAGUGAUGGAGAUGGUCAGAUUAGCAUGGAGGAGUUCCUCAGAGGGGCUCAGCAGGACCCCUGGGUGCUCAGCAUGUUGAAGUUGGACAUGAAUCCUGCUGCAUGGGUGAUAGAGCAGAGGAGAAGAAGUGCACACUUCUGAAAUGAAAGCACUGUAGGCCUUUCACAUGUGAACAAAGGAAGAACAAUCACAGAUAAAAUACACCCUUUAAAGUGUACAUUUUACAGCUAAAAUGAGGAUUCAUUCUGAACAACAAGUCAACACGCAUUGCUGUAUUCAGAAACUGUGAAAAUUUUUGUUUAAUCAAAAGUGGCUGUCAUUUGGCUUUUAGCAAAGGCACAAUACCGUAGCACUUUGAAUUUAAAUUUCUAGAGUGCUUUUCUGGGUUCUUAAAGAUAUGAUUCAUAAGUUAAAUUGAUCAUAGAAAAACAACACAUUGAAAGCAGCAUAUAUCAUUAUAUAUAACAUAUAAAAAACAUAUAGCAUAGAAAACAAGACACUUAAAACAUACAUCAUUAAUCACAAAUUAAAAGCAGCUCUGAAAAGGUGAGUUUUGAUCGGUGAUUUGAACAUGGACAGAUUGGUGCAGUCUCGGGUGUGUUUAGGGAGAGAGAUCCAGAGGGAGGGGGCAGCUAUGGAUAAGGCUCUGGAGGGACUAUGGAGGGCUUUAUGAGUGAGGACUUUGAAUUGGAUCAGUUGUAGGACAGGGAGCCAUCGGUGGUUCGCGUGGACAGGGGUGAUGUGGUCACAGGAGCGGGAGCGGGUUAGCAGCCGAGCAGCAGAGUUCUGGAUGUACUGGAGUUUAUUUAGUACUUUGGAUGAUGUGCCAUAAAGAAUUGCAGUAGUCAAUUCUGGAUGUGAUGAAGGUAUGGAUCAAAGUUUCGGGAGCAGAGAAGGAGCUCUAACAAACAAUAUAAAUGCACAGAAAAACAAGUGCAUAUACAGUAUUUUGCUUGUUAAUUCAAGUAAAAGCCUUCUUGUUAUUAAGUGCUAAUAUGUAAGUGAAUUAUUAUAAUGUCACUUUCUCUGUUAUUUUGCUUUUUUUACUGUUUAAAAUUGUUCUUUGUUUGCUUUAUUUUUAUGUAAAUAAUAACAUUACUCUGAGACAAUCGUAUCCUUAUAACGCAUACAGAACAGACAGAAGUAAAGCCUAUAAUGUGAUGUAAUAUUGUUUUACCUGAUCACAUUACUGUUAUCAAAGGAAGU